AGGUGUUUCCCCCCCCCCCCUAAACUUUUAAGAGAGUGCAGAUUUCAAUGGCUCGAUCGGCGAUGACAAUGGGACCUGGGAUGGAGUUGCCUAUUAUGCAUGAUAGUGAUCGUUAUGAACUGGUUAAAGAUAUUGGUUCUGGGAAUUUUGGGGUGGCUAGGUUGAUGAGAGAUAAGCAGACUGAUGAGCUUGUUGCUGUUAAGUAUAUUGAGAGAGGAGACAAGAUAGAUGAAAACGUGCAAAGGGAAAUCAUCAACCACAGGUCGCUAAGGCAUCCAAAUAUCGUCCGGUUCAAAGAGAUCGUAUUAACACCAACACAUCUGGCUAUCGUGAUGGAAUAUGCUGCCGGGGGAGAGCUUUUCGAAAGGAUAUGUAAUGCAGGCCGGUUCAGCGAGGAUGAGGCUAGAUUUUUCUUUCAACAGCUUAUAUCAGGAGUGAGUUACUGCCAUUCAAUGCAAGUAUGCCACCGAGACUUGAAAUUGGAGAACACAUUGCUGGAUGGUAGUCCGACUCCUCGUUUGAAGAUUUGUGAUUUCGGGUAUUCCAAGUCCUCCGUGCUGCAUUCGCAGCCAAAAUCAACUGUUGGAACUCCGGCUUAUAUAGCCCCUGAAGUGUUGCUCAAGAAAGAAUAUGAUGGAAAGAAUGCGGAUGUCUGGUCUUGUGGGGUAACCAUAUAUGUUAUGUUGGUAGGAGCAUAUCCGUUUGAAGAUCCCGAUGAUCCUAAGAACUUCCACAAAACAAUAAAUCGAAUUAUACAUGUCCAGUACUCAAUCCCAGACUAUGUCCAUAUAUCCCCCGAGUGCCAUCAUCUGCUCUCAAGGAUUUUUGUGGCUGACCCGGAAAAGAGGAUAUCCAUCCUUGAAAUUAAGAAUCAUGAGUGGUUUCUAAAGAACUUACCAGCAGAUCUCUUGGAUGAGAGCUCGAUGAAUGACCAGUUCGAAGAACAUGAUCAACCUACGCAAAGCGUUGAUGAGAUCAUGCAGAUCAUUUCCGAAGCCACUAUCCCUGCAACAAAUAGGAGGAAUUAUCUCGAUCAUUAUUUGGCUGGUAGCCAGGACCUUGACGACGAUAUGGACGACCUCGACAAUGAUUCCGAACUAGACAUUGAUAGUAGUGGUGAGAUAAUAUAUGCAAUGUGAUUCCGGUGACGCCGUUGGGGUAAUCGAGGGUGGUCAACCAAUGUUAAUGGAAGUGGAGGCUACCGUUUUCUUGGGAGAAUAUCCAGCAAUUGGCUUUCAAAACUGAAGUGUUGUA